UUGUCAGAAAAAAUUUUUCAAUCUGAUUACAACUGUUCACCAUAUCUAUUCGGCUCCAGUAAGAUCAUGGCUCCCUCAAUAAUUGAACUCAAACUUGCCACCAUUGGCGGAGCGCUCAAGGCAACAGGACUAUUGUUUGCCAAAAAAAUAUCUGUAUUGAAUGGUUUCAAGCCCUCGAAAGAAGUCCUGAUCAGCGUGGGCGCCACCACCACAGUCGCCUUCAUCUUGUUUGGACUGAUUAGAAUAAACGGCAUCAAGCGGGGUCGCGGCAGACGCGGUCAAGGCCGCGGUGUAGCUGUUGUUGAUGUCCCCCGACCCGAUGAAACUGGAAAUGAACAAGUGGACAAGUCAGAUGAGGCCGCUGCUCCCGGGAUAGAACCGUCAGAUGAUAAUCAACUAGAUGAUCAAGUAGAGUACGAUGUACAAGCUUCUGGAGACGGUAUCAUGCAUCAGAACGUCGCAACUGCUAUCAUGUUCUACCCCCACGGGGCAAGGCCUAACAACCGGAAUAUGCACAACAUCUUUGAACAUUACAAUAACCAGGGAGUUCGCCACCUGAACAUUACCUCUUUGCCACGUUAGAUGAGGUUUUAUGAGGUGGCGAGCCGGUGGGCGGUUCUCCUAGAGGGCAGUGCAGUUGCCACCGCUCACCUUAAGUUUUUAUCGAAAUCGAAUCUGUAAUCAACCUGUAAAAAACGUUGAAUCCAAAAUAAAUUCUGCACAAUGUGAA